ACCAGAUGUGAACGUGUGACUGAAGGAAGUGAUGAAACAGGAAGUGGAACCCUCCUCAACAGGAUCUACACUGAGCUCUACAUCACAGAGGGACAGAGUGAAGAGGUUCAUACCCAACAUGAGGUGAGGCAGCUUGAGACAGCUUCCAAGAAGAAGGAGACCCUCCAUGACACUCCCAUCAAAUGCCACGACAUCUUUAAAGCCUUACCUGACCAACAGAGACACAUCAGAGUCGCUCUGACCAACGGCGUCGCUGGCGUUGGAAAAACCUUCUCAGUGCUGAAGUUCACUCUGGACUGGGCAGAGGGCUCGGAGAACCAAGAUGUCAGUCUGGUGGUUCUGCUCUCGUUCAGGGAGCUGAACUUGAUCAAAGAUGAGCGGUUCAGUCUUCUCACGCUGCUCCAUGUUUUCCAUCCAACAUUACAGAAGGUCACAGCAGAGAAGCUCGCUGUCUGUAAACUUCUGUUCAUCUUUGACGGCCUGGAUGAAAGCAGACUUUCACUGGAUUUCAACAACAAAGAGCUCGUGUCUGAUGUCACACAGGAGUCAUCAGUCAGCGUGCUGUUGACAAGCCUCAUCAAGGGGAAUCUGCUUCCCUCGGCUCUCAUCUGGAUAACUUCCAGACCUGCAGCAGCCAAUCAGAUCCCUCCUUCAUGUGUUGACAGGGUAACAGAAGUACGAGGCUUCACUGACGCUCAGAAGGAGGAGUACUUCAGGAGGAGAGUCAGUGAUGAAGAUCUGUCCAGCAGAAUCAUCUCACACAUCAAGACCUCCAGGAGCCUCCACAUCAUGUGUCUGAUCCCAGUCUUCUGCUGGAUCACUGCUACAGUUCUGGACCACAUGUUGACCACAGACCAGAGAGGAGAGCUGCCCAAGACCCUGACUGACCUGUACUCACACUUCCUGCUGGUUCAGACAAAGAGGAAGAAGAAGAAGUACGAUGAAGGACAUGAGACGAGUCCACAGGAGCUGACGGAGGCUGACAGGGAAGUUCUUCUGAAGCUGGGGAGGCUGGCGUUUGAACAGCUGGAGAAAGGAAACAUCAUGUUCUACCAAGAAGACCUGGAGCAGUGUGGUCUGGAUGUCACAGAGGCCUCGGUGUACUCAGGAGUUUGUACAAAGAUCUUCAAAAGAGAGAGUGUGAUCUUCCAGAAAACAGUCUACUGCUUUGUUCAUCUGAGCGUUCAGGAGUUUCUGGCUGCAGUCUACCUGUUCCACUGUUACACCAACAAGAAGACAGAGGUACUGAAGGACUUCCUGGGGAAAGACUACAGUGACUUAUCCCUUGAUGUGUUCCUGUGGGAAGUCAUGGAGAAAUCCCUUCAAAGUAAAAAUGGUCACCUGGACCUGUUUGUUCGCUUCCUUUAUGGCCUCUCUCUGGAGUCCAACCAGAGACUCUUAGGAGGCCUGCUGGGUCAGACAGACAACAGUCCGGAAAUCAUUGAGAGUACCAACAACAAUCUUAAAAAGAUGAACAUACACAAGAUCUGUCCUGACAGAAGCAUCAACAUCUUCCACUGUCUGAUGGAGAUGAACGAUGACUCAGUCCAUCAGGAGAUCCAAGAGUUCCUGAAGUCAGAGAACAGAUCAGAGAAGAAACUCUCUGUGAUCCACUGCUCAGCUCUGGCCUACAGGCUGCAGAUAUCAGAGGAGGUUCUGGAUGAGCUGGACCUGAACAAGUACGACACAUCAGACCAGGGACGACUGAGACUGAUUCCAGCUGUGAGGAACUGCAGAAAGGCUCAACUUUCUGGCUGUGGACACUCAGAGACUCACUAUGAAGUCAUAGCCUCAGCUCUGAAGUCCAACCCCUCCCAUCUGAGACAGCUGGACCUGAGCAGAAACAUGCUUAUGGAUUCAGGAGUGAAGAUUUUGUCUGCUGGACUGGAGAGUCCAAACUGUAGACUGGAGACUCUGAGACUGGGGCACUGCAGUUUAUCAGAGAUCAGCUGUGCUUCUCUGGCCUCAGCUCUGAAGUCCAACCCCUCCCAUCUGAAAGAGCUCGACCUGAGUCAGAACAACAAGCUGAGGGAUUUAGGAGUGAAGCUGCUGUGUGAUUUUCUUGAGAGUCCACACUGCAGACUGAAGACUCUGAGAUUGAGGCUCUGCGGGUUGUCAAAGAUCAGCUGUGCUUCUCUGGCCUCAGCUCUGAAGUCCAACCCCUCCCAUCUGACAGAGCUGGACCUGAGCUACAACAACCUGCAGGAUUCAGGAGUGAAGCUGCUGUGUGAUUUUCUGGAGAGUCCACACUGCAGACUGCAGACUCUGAGGUGGAAGUGGUGAGAAAGGUGUUUGUAUUGAGAGAGGAUCAGCUGAGUCCUGAUGAUCCAGAGAGGUUGAAGCAGCAGCAUCAGCUCUGACUGGGCCAUGUUACUGGGAGGUGGAGUGGAGAGGAGAGCUUCAUCUAGCAGAGACUGUCAGCGCUGUCUGCUCUGAGAUCAGCUCUAUCUAUCUGUCUGUCUGUCAGAAGCGAGAAACAUGUACGAUGCAUCUAUGUAUAUGUAUUCUUCCCUUAUUCGCAGAAAUGUUUGUACAAACAUAAAUGAGUAUAACAUGAAUUGAGAAUAAUCUGCUGAACUUUUGCACUUUUGUCGUUGUAAAGCCCUAACUGCAGAAACUUCCUCUUUCUACAACAACUUGUACUUUGUUAUAAAUAUAAUGAGAAUCAAGUAUUCAACAAAGCUGUAAAAUAACAAAUUUGAUAAUCUGCCAAUAACAUUUUUUACAUUAUUGUGACUUCUUCAUGUGCAGAGACUUUUAUUUUUAAACCACAACUUAUUAUUUUGAAAGAAAAGCAGUUUUUUUUUCUCUUUUCUCACCUUUCUGUUACGCCAAGUCACUGACAGUGUAAAUUGUAAUUUUUGCUACCACAAGAGAAGUGUGUUUGAUGAACUUCUGCAAUAUCAGUGAGGAGUUGUUUCAGCAAAUAGUCUAAUAGCUCGCUUGGCUUUCUUUGUGUCAAAGGAUAAUAUGGCUAUGACUUUAGACUAUACUGGGUGUCUAUUGAUGUUUAUUACUUACAUAUAAGUAUGCAUUUAUGGUAAUUAGGCACCUCUAUCAAUGUUAGUUAUCAGUAAUACCUCUAUUGUUUCAGAAACUGAUCUGUGGUGCACCACCAUACUGCAUCAUUUGUAGUCUUUUCAUUCUGCCAAUAAAGACUGUAACCAAACUG